UGCAAAGAACAUUCGCAGCUAGCUAGCAAGCUUACCUUUAUACACUAUUUCGUUAAAAUUCUCAGCCUUUGCUUGUGACUUUGUUUCCGCUUGUUAACCUUGAAAAUGGCACAUUUCCAAAACAAAUACGGAGCAGCAGCCCAUAGCAUAGAUACAUACGGCAACAUCAUCCGCAAAGACGAAUACGGCAACGUGAUUCCUACGGACGAGUAUGGCAACCCAAUCCGCCCCGGCGGCACUACUCUCCAAGGUGGGCAGCAGCAGCGUCAUGACCUUUCCACCGAGUACGAUGGGCAAGGCGGGAGAAGGAACAAGGGGCUGACGGAGAAGACAACGGAGAACGUACCUGGAGUUGGAAACAAUGACAAUCGAAAUGGUAGAUCAUCUGCGACUACAGAUGCAUACGGCAACAUCAUCCGCAAAGACGAAUACGGCAACGUGAUUCCUACGGACGAGUAUGGCAACCCAAUCCGCCAAAGCGGCACUACUCUCCAAGGUGGGCAACAGCAGCAGCAGCGUCAUGACGUUUCCACUGAGUACGAUGGGCAAGGCGGGAGAAGGAACAGGGGGCUGAAGGAGAAGGUAACGGAGAACAUACCUGGAGUUGGAAACAAGGACCAUCGAAAUGAUACAUCAUCUGCGACUACAAAGACUCCUACUACGACGGCUGGCGGUUACGGUACUGGGGAACAGGCGCAGUAUCAUCAGCAUGCAGAGAAGAAGGGUGUGAUGGAAAAGAUCAAAGAGAAAGUGCGUAGGUUUGUGUGAAAUGCUCCUUUGUAACUUCGUAGGAGGUUUGCUUAAUUACAGGCUAAAGCACGUCUUUAAUAAGAGAUGCAUGCAUGCGUACGUGCAUGCAUAUGCUAGGGUGUGUUGUAUGAUACUGGCUUACUGUAUAUUGCUGUACUUAGUUUUUGGUUAGUAUGUUAUGUCGUGUAUAUAUAAGAAUAUACUGUCGGGCUUCAGCCAGCUUUCCUAAUUUACAUGAGUUAUUCU